CGUCGGACUUCGAUAGGUGUUGUAAGUCAAGCUGUCACGUGCUGUGCAAUGUGUGCUUUAAUAGGGACGGAAGAAGGUUUAGUGUUACAUACAAAUCAAUUCAUGUGAAACGCAACAAAGCUGGGCGCACGACCAAACGCGCAGCGGGCUCGUAAAGCCAAGGAGGUGCACAAGGUUUCGGCGGCAGAAAGAACUGUUUCGUCCAGUGGCCGACUGCUCGCACACAGGUUCAGCGUAUCAAUGUCGUGCUUUCUAGGAGUUCAUAAUGACAUGUUGAAUGGGUCAGGUGGGCAGUCACGCUCGUCGUGAGGCCUCAGCCGCAAGUGCAUCUUGCUGGGAAAAAAACGAAGUAUACAACAAACGUUAACCAAAGUAAUUUUCGCACAGGUGACGGUAGCUGCGCAUAUAAUCCGGCAACAAAAUGACGGAGGUUCUCUGGAAGUGGGUGCAGGAGUACGGCGGCAGUGACGCGAAGGAGGAGGCCGAUCUUGCGAACGGGUACAAGAUUGGUGCGCUGCUGUCGAAAUUCAAUCAGCAGCUCGAGUUCCCCGGCCGGUUUCGAGACACCGAUCUGAUCGAUGACCAAAUUGCGAACUUCACGGAGCUGCAGCCGAAUCUGAAGAACCUCGGAAUUUAUCCUCUGCAAAAGUAUCGUACUCGUAUUGCAGUCAUGCAUUAAAGGCAAAUCAGCAUUACAAAUUUUAUUUCUCUUGCUGAGGAAAUUUGUAAUGCAUUUAUACGAGUACGAUACUUUUGCACAGGAUAGAAUUCGCUUCCUCCCGCACGACGCAGAAGCGAUCAUGAGCAAAAAGCGGGGAUGCGCACUCAAGCUGCUGUACCAGAUCAAGAUGGUGAUAGACCGCGUGGCAAUGACGCAGCGUCCCAGCAUGCCGGCGAGCCAGCACAGCGAUAGUCUGAUAGUGAAAGAUCCCAAAAUGCUUGCGCGGUCGUUUCGUCUUCCCAAAUAUCGAAUGCAAAUAUGUCUGGGUCUGGAAAGGUUUUGUCAUGCUAGGCUAGCAAGACUCUUAAGUCUGUCAUGCUCGUUUUUACCCAAAAGCCCUAUUUUUCUGUGAUCCAGAAACGCAGUUUGUCAUGCAGAAUACACGUAGAAGCCUAGGAACUUUUCCAUGCUGAGCCAGCAUUUGUGGCCUCCACAUGCUAGCUAAGUCACUCAGCAUUACAAGUUUCCAGACCCAGACAUGUUUGCAUUUGAUACCAAACCCUCGGCGGACGCGCAAGAGUCCAGGUUCUUCGUCAACCGACUGCGUGCCCAAUGCGCCUACGCAACUUUGCAGCGGCGGGAGGCGCGGUACAACCGAUUCGAACGCGAAAAGCUCUCGCAGCAGAUGCUCGCAGCGGAAAUGGACAAAGUGGAUGCAGAAAAGGCGCUGGACGACCGCGAAACGCACCGCAAGGUGUGCCUGGACAUAGUGGAGCGGAACCGGGCCUUCAUGGACCAGUGGAACGAGCAGGGGGUGAUGGACUGGAAGGCGAACCUUUCCCGGCAGCGGCACCGGGAGCGUCUGGAGGCCAGUUACAAACAGCGCCUCUCGACCCGCCGGCGCCAAGCGGUUCACCACCUUCGCGCGACGAAGACACAAGAGGUGACGCAGGGCAUCGCGGACUUUGAACGAAAUCUGCGCAAGUUUACGAGCGGCGAGGCGGAGAGCAGCAGCAUUCCCUUGGACAUGCAGGAAGCUACAGAGCAAGACUACGACGACGGUCGUUCGGAAGACGACGACGAAAGCACCGGAGGCGGCGCGGCGUUGGUGCAGCGAACAACCAAAGCCUUUUCUGCCAAAGACCUGAUGUCGUCGAUGAGCGCGCAGGUCCCCGCUCCGGAAGUGCUGUUGAAGGACGCAAAGGAUUUUUUGGCACGGAUCAAGGACAGCAAGGUCUCCGGCAACCUGGCCCGGAAAGAGCGGGAAAAGCGACGGCGGCGAUUCCUGGUGGAUCUCGCCAAGGAGCACGAAAUGGAAGAGGAUACCUACCUCCAGGAGCAUUUGUUGCAGCAGCUCACGAAGCCUUGCGUGGAAGAGGAGCGUAUCAACUACCUGGUCUGGAAGACCAGUCGGUACGAAGCCAUCAUGCGGGAAGACCGACGGCUGCGGAUGAAAGACUACGACGCGCAGCGGAAAAGGGAAAACGAGGCGGAGAAGACGCGCGACGGGGAGCUGCGGGACCUGCAGGUGGAGGAGUUGUUCGGUUCAACGCAGGUGAACGAUGCGAAGUGGUACCGCGCGCUGGAACGCGGUCGAGUUGCUCGUCGCCGAGCCUACCACGUCACCCUGGUGGAGAAUAUAGUGACUGACAGCAUGAUCGAGCUCCUCAACCUGGCGAACGCGCAACAGGAGUUGACGGACCAACGCGCCCUCGACGACCGAACGUGGAAAAACUGGAUGGAUAGCUUCAUUAACAGCGAACCGCUGGAGGACCUGUAUCGGAAGCACCAGGAGCCGGCCACGCGGCCCUACCAAGCGGGACCAUAUGACGAUUCCCAGAAGCUCGAUUUUGAGUCUGCGGAGCUGCUCGAAGGAAGUUUUGAAAGCUACCUGCACGGCAAGGACCAGUGGGCAGUGACUGGAUCAUCCAUUUUUCGCGCGAACAGGUUGGAGGAUGCAAAGGCCCCCCAAGGUGGGGCGGACGAAGAGCAAGUGAACAAUCCGUGGGGGAGAAUACUGACGGAGGAAGAGCUGGAAAAGCUGCCGGAGGCCUACAAGCUGCAGUUAACACCGGAGCCUGACGUAGUGAGCAGCCGCGUGACAAACUUCCGGGUAUCGACGUUGCUCAAGGAGAUCAUCACGCAGCUGUACCCAGAGCCGCAGCAGAUCAUUCCUCCGGCGGAUCCACUGCCCGACGUGCCGCUGCGAAUCGUUCUGCAAGGCAAGCCUAUGGCCGGGAAGAAGACCGUGGCACGAAAACUUGCGGAUGAAUUCGGCGUGGAAGCGCUGGAGUGCACGGAAAUUCUCCAGCAAGCCAUGAACCUCGCGGGCCGGCCGCAAGAGGGGUCCUUGGACUCUCUACACGCCAAUGCACACGCCCCGCGUGUGGACGCCAGCGCGAACGAGUACCUGAUGCAACUCCGCGAGUGCGGAGUGCGCGCGGUCCAGCUACUCGACGAAGGCGAGGUGAUACCGCCGGAGCUGUACGUCCGCAUGAUCGUGUGCAAGCUGAAGAGCCUGGAACCGACCAUGAAGACGGGGUGGGUCUUGUCUGGCUUUCCUGCAACGCUCGAGGAGAUGCGGCUCUUGGAGAAAGCACUGUGCGGGUUUAUCGAACCCUCGCAGUGCGAGGAGACCGAGGGUGCGCAGCGAAAGUUGGCCGUCGAGCUGCUGAUUCCCGGGCCCGCAAAGGUGCCGGAGCCGUUCGUCCCGCAACAAGGAGGGUACGACCUGUACCUGUUGCUCGAAGCGAGUUGCGAGGCGGUGGUGCUGCGCUCUGCGGGCCGGCGGAUCGACCUGACAACGAGAACCGUCUACAACGUGGCAGAUGAUCAGCAAAAGAAGCCUGCCGAUAUCCGGUACGAAAACCUGCGUGCCUUGGAUCUGAAGGAGAAGGCGCAGGGUACGUUUGUGGAGCGUAUGCACUUCUUCGAUGUCAAUCAGGUCGAGACGCUCGACUUUUUGAAGCUCUUUGCGCCACUUUCGGAGAUGCCGCGGCUGCAAGUCGUCGGCGAAGACGCACCGGAGCACGUGUUUGAAAACGUGCGCGAACGAUUGCAGGGGUUGCUAGAAGCUCGAACGAGUGCAAAGGAAGCCGUUCCGGAAACCAAUCAAGCGCCUGCUCUCGAAGCGAGCAGCUCGGGGCCACCAGCAGGGGAGGAGGAGGAGCAGGCGCAGGCAGUCGACGCGGUCGCUGUAGAAGCCGCCCCAGCUUCAUCGCCGGAAGUAGACGCAGCGGCUGCAGGACAGAGUGAACAAGACGUGGCCGUGCCGGAGCCGGAGGCUGUGUCGUUGCUGCUGCCGCUGGAGGAUGUACAGAAAAAGUGUGGACAACUGGAGCAUCGGUACCUCGAACUUCUGCACGGCCAGUGGCUGGAAAUCCAAGACCCGUAUGUGGAGAAGUGCAAACUGGCCCUGCAAAAGUACGAACAGCUUCUGCGGGAGUCGGCCCAAGGAUUGUCGCACCUGCGGGAAUCGUUCGUGUCAUUUUUGGAGCGCGAGAAGCCGGAAAAACAGGGCCUCCUCAACGAGUACAUCGUAGCGUACAACUCAUGGAACGCGGAGUACCCACACAUGAUUUUGGACGAUAAACCGCGAGCAGAAUUUCACCUCCGACUGCAAAUGAUGCGGGAAAAGUUUGCCUCCUUCCGCGAGGAGAAGCGGGUAGAGACGCAGGCCUUCAUAGAAGACAUCAAGACCAGCGGGUUUGUCGAUGGUGCCGUCAACACUGUCUGCCUUGCCAGCGAGCUUCUGGUAAUCGAGUACAUCUAGUAUCUAUGAUUUGAAGACGCCACACCCACACGAACGAAGAUAUUAAUUUGCACGAUCGGAGACUAGAUGUUGUCCUAACCUUAAUUUCUUUUGCGCACUGAUCUUAAGGAAAAAAAUAAUUGGCCUCCUCGGUAUUCACCGCAGUCUUUGUUUUCUACAUCGAUCUCGACGUGGAUGAAGACGGAGAUCUUAAGCAAAUUUUAGCCGUAUAAUUGCAAUUGCAGGUUGCGGUCGAGACAGAGCGGUAUCACCUGACCAGCCAGCUGCUGUGCAACGUUUACGCCUUGAUGCAGAACCGGAAUAUCCCAGAACCGCGUCCGCUUCCCGAGAAAAUCGCUAUCGCGAAGGGCACCGCGGAGGACGAGGCGGAGCCAUUCUCGGCGCGGGAGCGGAGCGAGGACAGUGCGACGUACGAAUUUUCUUUUUUGGCGAAACUGGAGGAGUACGCGAACAAGUGUUGCUGGCCCCUGGAGCCGAUGAUCACCGAGGAGGAUGGGCCACCGACGCCGUUGCAGCUGGAUGAGCAGCAGGCGCUGGUGUCUGAGCGGUUGGUGUACUUGACAAAAGUGGAACAAAUCCGCAGUUGGGCGCGCAAACAGUGCGAGGAUUUGUGCGCGGAGGAGUCCAGGAUGUACACCUCCUUCUUUGAGCUGUUGACCGCGCGCGAACACAAAGAGGGGCGAGUGGAAGCGAAAGUCUUGCAGAAACUUCACACCGCGAUCGAGAACUGCUUGCCCGUCGAAAACCGGCUCCGGUUCGUGGACUCCACCCAGGUUGCGGGGGUGAUCAACGAACGCAUUGCGCCGGAGGCAGCGCCGCGUGUCGAAAAGCCACGAAAGUCAAAUGUGCCUCUGGAGUGGAAUUCCGAGGAAUUCAACUCCAAUCUUGGAUUUUUCUUCUCGCAGUACAAUUAGAAAAAAUAAAGAACUGUGGAAGUUAAUCGAGCAGCGUAAAAUAAACAUAGGAGCUGACCACGAAGGUUUCUGUGACCUGGAAGAGCGGCGUAUCGCAACCCUGUUGAAAACAAAGUCAGAGUUUUGACCAAUAUUAUUGAUUUUAGCAGUUUCCCACGACCGGAACCAAGAAUAUGAUGUCGCAGCAGCGGGGACGGACACAACGAUGCUGCAGUGGUUUGUACAGUGCAUAAUUUUUAUCUGUCGUCUGAUAUUGCUCCGCACCAUCCGAAUCAAUUUUAAAUCGUAGUUCAUCCUAGCUAUUCAAGCCAGCUACCGGGGCAAGAAAACAUAAA